GCACGCACCAUGGCCGGAGCCAGGGCUCGCCAGGAAUCCCGAGAGCGUCUUGGCGGCCGCACUGGCUGAGCAGGGAGCUCCUGGCGGGCGAUGGGGGACCGGGAGCAUAACAAGAGGCGCCUACUGGAGCUGCUGCGGGCGGCUGGCACUGGCAACGCGGUGUGCGCGGACUGCGGGGCGCCAGAUCCGGACUGGGCCUCUUACAAGCUGGGGGUUUUCAUCUGCCUGAAUUGUUCUGGCGUGCAUCGUAACUUCCCUGAGAUCAGUAAAGUGAAAUCGGUUCGACUGGACUUCUGGGAUGACAGUAUGGUGGAGUUUAUGACACGAAACGGAAACCUCUGUUCCAAGGCAAAAUACGAAGCAAAAGUCCCCGCUUUCUACUACAUCCCCCAGUCUGAGGACUGCCUGGUCUUAAAGGAGCAAUGGAUCCGAGCCAAAUAUGAGAGACAGGAAUUUGUGUCUGGCAGUCUCAUCUGGACAAUCUCCGGCAACCGAGAAGGGGUCCUAUGGAAGCGGGGAAGGGACAAUGGGCAGUACCUGAAGAGGAAGUUUGUCCUUUUGGCAAGAGAAGGCUUUUUGAAAUAUUACUCUAAAGAAGAGGGAAAAGCACCAAAAGCCAUCAUUAGCAUAAAGGACUUGAAUGCCACAUUCCAGACAGAGAAGAUAGGAAACCCCCAUGGGCUGCAGAUCACCUACAAGAGAGAUGGCAACACCCGGAACCUCUUUGUAUAUCAUGAGAGUGGAAAGGAGAUAGUGGAUUGGUUUAAUGCCCUCCGAGCAGCCCGUCUACACUACCUGAAGACAGCCUUUCCUGAGCUCCCAGAGUCCGAGCUCCUGCCUCACAUCACCAGAAAUUACCUCAAACAAGGCUAUAUGGAAAAGACUGGUCCAAAGCAGAGGGAAGCAUUUAAGAAACGAUGGUUCGCUCUUGACCCUCAGGAGAGGAGGCUGCUGUAUUACAAGAACCCAUUGGAUGCAUUUGAGCAGGGUCAGGUUUUCAUCGGGAGCAAGGAGCAGGGCUAUGAGAUCCAUGAUGAACUGCCUAAGGGUAUCCGGGGGAACCGCUGGAAAGCUGGCAUCACUAUGGUCACCCCAGAGCGAAGAUUUGUCUUUGCCUGUCCCAACGAGAAGGAACAGAAGGAAUGGCUGGAGAGUUUGCAGCUUGUCCUGGCCCUCCCCAUGACUGCCCUCAGUCCUCAUGCAACAGCAGCUGCUGGACAGAGAUGACUAAGGCUUUGCGGACUUGCUCAGUUCUCACCAUGCCUAACUUUGACUUUGGGCCGUUGGGUGCCCAUUCUGCUUCAGGAAGGAGAAGUUCACUCUUGGGGCAUAAUCUCUGUCUGUAGUAGGAAGGACUAGCAAAAGACAAACUGUGGUCAGUGGUUUUCUUGUCUCAGGCUUUGCUCUAUAUGGAAAUCAGGCAAGACAAAAGUCAAGACAGCUGUUAAACCCAGUUCACGAGCAAGGCAAGACAUCACAUUUGUGGUCCUCAAGAAUGAAGGAUCAACAACAAAAACGACAACAGAUGGAAAUUUCAUCUGCCUCCCAACAGUUCCCUUGGGACCAUUAUUUGCCUUGGUCUCUGUAAGUCCUGAUAGUGACUGAGUGGAAGACUUCUUCCCUUCACCAAUCAAAUGGUGGAGACUCUAAGGGCAAUAAAAGCAUAGGUAAUGCUAGAACCCAAGCCAGCAAUGAUUGCAACAUCCUGGCAGGACGUCUAGGAAGCAAGAAACCAACUGAGAGCACCCUCCUUGCAGGACUGUGACUUCUCUCCUUGAUGCCUGAGCCUCUCAGGCCCAUGUUCCUUCUGUCCCAGACAAAAUCAGAAGGCUGUUUGGUGGUCUUCUAUCCUGCUUAGAGACCUUCAGCAAACUUGAGGGAUCCGUCUUGACACCUACAAUCUCCAUCAUCCUGGGUAGAAGAGAAUCUCACCAGUUGGGCAUCAUCUUCCUCCUCUUUCUCCUCUCCCUCCUUCUGAAAGCACAUUCAUUAAGUAGAUAUUUGCACACAGCAUUGGGCUAUGGAGGACAGUAUGCAGAAUAAAUAGAUAAUGAGAUUGUAGAAUAAAUUGAAUAUAGAAUAAGUUAGAUAGUAUGCAGAAAAAAUUUGAGGGCACAGUUCACUUGGUACCAGGAAGGCACAAAGGAACAGAGUGCUUGCUGGCUGCAGAGAAUCUGGACCUCGAAUCCAUAAAAAAUCAAGAGUGGAUAUAAUCUGAUUGUCUUCUACCAGCAUACUUUAAAAUGGUCUUACAUCCCUCAAAUGCGUGCUAGGAGACAGCAGUGGUGGUGUGUGUCCAGGGGAUUUCAAAGCUGAUGAUACCACAGCAAAUCUAACAUGUGCUGGAAGUAGAACAGAUAGAAGUGUAACUAGGAUGGGGAGGCUGGGAUUUUUCCCUAGGGCAUCAAAAUUUAGAGGGUGCCAGUUACACUUCAAGUUCUUCAGGAGGUGAAAACAACUAUUCUUAGCAUCUAGUUAGUGAGAUAAAUUAGUUCAGAUGGGAAGCCACCAGGUCAUGUUUUCCCCACCAGCACCCAUGUACACCAGGUGAAAAUCUUCCCCUCUCUUGCCUUAUACUGAUUCUUCCAGCAGCAGCAUACACUGAUCCUCCUAAGGCCUCCAUCCUGGGUUUCUGGUUCUCCCACAUAUAUACACAUAGGGUGGUAUAUUUGCCCCCACAGAGCCUUAUGUCUCGGGGUCUUUCCUUCCUCCUCCCCCAUAACUGAAUUUAUCUUAAAUAGACGGAUUUAGGUUGAAUUUUCUGCUGCUUCCCCAAAGUGCAAAAACAGCCACUCUGGGCUCUGGCUGAGGUCAUGGACCAAAUGGACAGGCUGCCUCUAGGCGUAAUGAAAAUCUGACUGCACUUUACUCUUCGAAGCUGGAAGAUUCUGGGAAACUAGAUCAUGUUCUCCACAGGAGUGAAUGCUGCCCUCAACAAGAUUCCUUGCUUAGCAGUUUUCCUAUUGUAGGCUUCUUAGGUUUGGAAGUGAAGGAAGGAAAAGACUCAGAGGAUGCUGGAAAAUGCUUCCUUGAAGAACUGGGUCAGUUUUUCAUUUUGGACUUUCGAUAUCUGCCAGGUGAGUAGGGUGGGCCAUGUGUGGCCCAGUAUGCAAUCGUCUGCUUUCGUUCACAUAGAAAGACACUCAAUAAAUAUUUAUUGAAUUAA